CAUGGAGGAGCGGGACGGCCGCGCCGGAGGCUUCAGGAAGGACACCGUGGACCGGCUGCUCCGCCUCCAUUUCCGGGACGGGAGGACACGAGUGAACGGGGACGCGCAGCUGCUGAUGGCCGAGAUGCUGAACGUCUUCGUCCGAGAAGCGGCGGCACGGGCAGCGCGGCAGGCUCAGACAGAGGACCUGGAGAAGGUGGAUAUUGAGCAUCUGGAGAAAGUGCUGCCGCAGCUGCUUCUGGAUUUCUAGAGGCCUCCUGAAGCACAUGCUACCUGCCAGCAGAUGGUCCUGACCUGACAGCAAACAUCUGUCUCAGCCUCAGAGUCCAGCUCUGGGAAAAACAGUUUCAACUUUUUCUUCCUCUGUUGUUUUGCUUCUGUUUCCCCUCCCUUUUACCAAGCACAAUACAGCCCAUAGCAAUGAUGCUGUCAGAUACUAUUUUUGAGAA